GCUAAUCCGGUAGCAAGGGCUGCAAGGCAGGGUCUGGAGGUGCUCGGCGUCGCUCUGGCACGGCCAUGGCGGGCGGGGAAGACCGCGGGGACGGAGAGCCGGUAUCAGUGGUGACUGUGCGGGUACAGUACCUGGAAGACACCGACCCCUUCGCAUGUGCCAACUUCCCGGAGCCGCGCCGGGCCCCUACCUGCAGCCUGGACGGGACGCUACCCCUGGGCGCGCAAAUACCUGCGUUGCACCGCCUGCUGGGGCCGCCACUCAAGCUGGAGGACUGUGCCCUGCAAGUGUCUCCCUCUGGCUACUACCUGGACCCCGAGCUGUCCCUGGAAGAGCAGCGGGAGAUGCUGGAAGGCUUCUACGAAGAGAUCAGCAAAGGGAGGAAGCCCACGCUGAUUCUGCGGACUCAGCUCUCUGUGAGGGUCAGCGCCAUCCUGGAAAAGCUGUACGGUUCCAGCGGCCCAGAGCUCCGCCGCGCCCUCUUCUCACUAAAGCAGAUCUUCCAGGAGGAUAAGGACUUGGUGCCGGAGUUCGUGCACUCGGACGGGCUGAGCUGCCUGAUCCGGGUGGGUGCCGCUGCUGACCACAACUACCAGAGCUACAUCCUCCGAGCAUUGGGCCAGCUUAUGCUGUUUGUGGAUGGGAUGCUGGGGGUGGUGGCCCACAGUGAGACCGUCCAGUGGCUGUACACACUGUGUGCCAGCCAGUCCCGCCUGGUGGUGAAGACCGCCCUGAAACUGCUGCUGGUGUUUGUGGAGUACUCGGAGAGCAAUGCGCCCCUCUUCAUCCGCGCUGUCAACUCCGUGGCCAACGCUACGGGUGCGCUUCCGUGGGCCAACCUGGUAGCCAUCCUGGAGGAGAACGGCGCUGACGCAGAGCUGCUGGUGUACGCCGUCACCCUCAUCAACAAGACGCUGGCGGCGCUCCCGGACCAGGACUCCUUCUACGACGUGACGGACGCGUUGGAACAGCAGGGCAUGGAGGCGCUGGCCCAGCGCCAUCUGAGCACCGCGGGCACCGACGUCGACCUGCGCACGCAGCUGGUGCUCUACGAGAGCGCCUUGCGCUUGGAAGAUGGAGACAUCGAGGAAGGCGUCGCGGGUGGGAGACGGGAGCGCCGAAAGCCGUCCUCCGAGGAGGGCAAAAGGAGCCGCCGAUCGUUGGAAGGCGGGGGUGCCCCCGCCCCGCGGGCCCCAGAGCCUGUCCCCACAGGCCCCGCCUCCAGCCCCUCAGGCCCCGCCUCUCCAGUGGGCCCUAGCUCCCUGUGCCUCUUCUCCAGCAUCUCCGCGGCGUCCUCGGCAGACAGCUCCAGCGAGCGGAGCGUCUACAAAGCACGUUUCCUGGAGAACGUGGCUGCAGCAGAAACAGAGAAGCAGGUUGCGCUGGCCCUGGGCCGGGCAGAGACACUGGCAGAGGCCAUGCCCGACGAAGCUGACGGACAUGCAGACACCCGAGAACUAUGGAGCUCCCCAGAGCCAGCCCCCAGACCGCCCCUGAGCCCUGCACCCCGAGUCCUUCUCCGGGCCCAGCAGAGCUUUGAGCCGGAGUCCAAGGAGCCACGGGCCCCACCCAGCCCUAAGAUUGAGAUGACGCCCACCCAGGUUUCCCCUCCCCGUGCACCCAAGCUUUGCAUCGGGGACUUGGACUUUUCAGACCUAGGGGAGGAUGAGGAUCAGGACGUGCUGGACAUGGAGGUCACGGAGGCCGGGAGUGGGGUCCCACCCCCACCCCCCCUGCCCAUGGGGGCACCCCCACCUCCACCACCCCUCCCUUCCCUGCUCUCGGCAGUACCGCCCCCCCCACCAGCCCCACCUCCCCCACCAACUAAAGGCCCCUUGCCGCCACCCCCUCCCCUGGCUGCCCCUCCUACCCACUCAGCCCCUGAUGGCCCAGCAAUCCCCACCAAGAGGAAGACAGUCAAACUCUUCUGGCGGGAGCUAAAGCUGGCAGGGGGCCCGGGGGGCGCCGGGGGCAGAUUUGGGCCCUGCCCGACUCUGUGGGCCUCGCUGGAGCCUGUCUCAGUGGACACAGCGAGGCUGGGGCACCUCUUUGAAUCCCGUGCCAAGGACGUGCUGCCCUCCAAGAAAGCCGGUGAGGGCCGCCGGACAAUGACCACCGUGCUGGACCCCAAGCGGAGCAACGCCAUCAACAUCGGCCUGACGACACUGCCCGCCGUUCACGUCAUCAAAGCUGCCCUACUGAACUUUGAUGAGUUUGCCGUCAGCAAGGAUGGCAUUGAGAAGCUGCUGACCAUGAUGCCUACGGAUGACGAGCGACAGAAGAUCGAGGAGGCCCAGCUGACCAACCCCGACGUCCCCCUGGGUCCCGCAGAGAGCUUCCUGCUGACCCUCGCGUCCAUCGGGGGCCUGGCUGCCCGCCUACAACUCUGGGCCUUCAAGCUGGACUACGACAGCAUGGAGCGGGAAAUCGCAGAGCCUCUGUUUGACCUGAAAGUGGGCAUGGAGCAGCUGGUGAAGAACGCCACCUUCCGCUGUCUGCUGGCCACCCUGCUGGCGGUGGGCAACUUCCUCAACAGCUCCCAGAGCAGCGGUUUUGAGCUGAGCUACCUGGAGAAGGUGUCCGAGGUGAAGGAUACGGUGCGGCGGCAGUCCCUGCUGCACCAUCUCUGCUCCUUGGUGCUCCAGACCCGACCAGACUCCUCCGACCUCUACUCGGAAAUCCCUGCCCUGACCCGCUGUGCCAAGGUGGACUUUGAGCAGCUGGCUGAGAACCUGGAACAGCUGGAAUGCAGGAGCAGGGCAGCCGAGGAGAGUCUGCGAGGCCUGGCCAAACAUGAGCUGGCCCCGGCCCUGCGUGCCCGCCUCACCCACUUCCUGGCCCAGUGUGCCCGCCGGGUGGCCAUGCUGAGGGUGGUACACCGCCGGAUCUGCAAUCGGUUCCAUGCCUUCCUGCUCUACUUGGGCUACACGGCCCAGGCAGCCCGAGAGGUGCGGGUCACGCAGUUCUGCCACACCCUGCGAGAGUUUGCCCUCGAGUACCGGACCUGCAGGGAGCGGGUGCUGCAGCAGCAGAAGAAGCGGGCCACCUACCGUGAGCGCAACAAGACUCGGGGACGCAUGAUCACCGAGACAGAGAAGUUCUCAGGAGUGGCUGGGGAGACUCCCAGCACCCCAGCUGUCCCUGUGGCUGUGGGCAGCGGGCCAGGCCGGGGCGAUGCCGACAGCCAUGCCAGCAUGAAAAGUCUGCUGACUAGUAGGCCUGAGGAUGCCACACACAACCGCCGCAGUAGAGGAAUGGUGUCGAGCAGCUCCCCUGUGAUGCCCACACCCCAGGGGCCCUCUGAGACACCGCCAGAAGAAUCCCCAGGCUCCAGUUCCCCUGGCGACACUUCCGAUGAGAUCAUGGACAUGCUGGUGCAGUCAGUGACCAGGAGCAGCCCUCGGGCCCUAGCGGCUCGGGAACGCAAGAGGUCGCGUGGCAACCGCAAGUCUUUGAGACGGACGUUGAAAAGUGGUCUUGGAGAUGAGCUAGUGCAGGCACUCGGACUGAGCAAGGGCCCUGGCCUGGAGGUGUGAUGGUGCAACUUCCAGCAAACCGACCUGCGCCUAGACUUGCUGGAGAAGAGACUGUUACAAGAAGAAGGCCCAUAGGCCUCUUCCCAAACCAAAUGCCGGUGCCACUCCGUGCCCAGGGCCCCCCCUGAGCCUUGAGCAGUAUUAGUCUUCGUGUGUGUCCAUGUGAAUCUCAGCUCCCUGAACUCUGGAGCCCAAUAAAGUUUUCUUAACCAA